AUGGCUCCCGGUGCUGGUGCCCGGUUUGCUGAACCAAAAACUUUUCUAAGGUUUUCAACUGUUUUCACUCUCUCUCAUGCGGCACUGGACAGAGUUAAGCCGGUACUGCUGGCUACUCUAUCGUUGCCUAAUCAACCUGGACCAAUUUCCUCGAACCUGCAAAAUCAUGGACAAGCGCCUCAGCUACAGUUUCUUCCACCUCCAGUUCCAUCUUCAACACAAAUUAGUCUUGGGAGCUCGUUGCAAGGAGAUGGUGCCUCAAUAAGUACACCCAUCUCAAAUCCAUUACCUGAUAUGCAGGGCCAAAGUUUACAUUUACAUGGGGGAACCUUGCCAUCUUUGUGCCCAUCUCAUCCCCAUGCUGAUGCUUCGGUGACAAGUCAACCUCCACCUGUAUAUCUUGAUUUGAAUAGUUCACUAGUGAACCAUGGUGUGAUCUCGGUAACUAAUCCACUCACCAAUCCACCCACUGGACUGGUUUGUUAUGAAGGUGUAAUCAGUGCCUUAUACAUUGAGCUUCCUAGACAAUGCACGAGCUGCAGUCUCUUAUUCAAAUGGCAAGAUGAGCACAGUACACAUAUGGAUUGGCACGUGACUAGGAACCGAAUGUCAAAAAGUCGGAAGCGGAAAGGGUCUCAAAAGUGGUUUGCAAGUGGGAGCAUGUGGCUAAGUGGUGCAGAGUCUUUGGGAAAGGAAUCGAUUCUAGGGUUGUUGGCUCCCGAGGAGACAGAGGAAAUGAAAAAUGAGGAAGAGUUAGGCGUUCUUGCUAAAGAGGAUCAGAGUAGAUGUGCACUGCGUGGAGAGGGCUUCGACGAGUUUUACAGGCACGAAAUGAAUGAGUGGAUGUAUAGAGGAGCCACGUACCUUAAGGCACCCGUGGGAAUAACAUUGGCCACCAUGGACAGACAUCAACUAGGGCCCAUUGUUCAUUCCAAAUGCAGAUUUGACUAUGACCCUACUAUUCCCUCAACCAAUAGGGAACCUACCAAGAGAGUAGUAAGAGAAAAAGAAUAUGGGUGGACCAAACAUCAGUUUUGUGCAUGA